AAAGAGCAAAUAUACCAUGGUGCUAAGAACAUCCAUGGCUGACUUGCUUUUAUGAUCACGAGUGCUUCAAAACGCCGUAUUCAAAAAGAAAGCGAAGAUAAGACAGAUAUGGUAAAUCAGAACACCRAAAAUAUGACAUUAACACCUCCUAAUCCAGAUCCAAAGGCAGAACCAGGUCCAAACUGGCCCGAGGCAAGGAAACUUUGGGGUCCAGCGUGGCAAGUACACUGGAUAGGACUUGGUGUUGCCUUUGCUCUGAUAGCCGUGCAUUCACUCGUUGCAAUGCUGAUGGCUGAUAAGCGUAAAGCGUUUACAAGGAGGCUCUUGUUCUAUGCCAUUAAUUCUCUGCUAUUUAUUCUUGGAUCAGUUCGUGCUCUUGUCUUGCUGACUGAUCCUUACGAAUCUUCAGAACAUGGCUUCAAUAUUGAAUUAUGGUUAACAAGAGUUCUCUUUGGCCUGGCUUUUCCUUGUCUAACUUCUGCCUUUUGUCUCGUUCAUGUGGCUUUUCUGGAAGUAUCCAAACUUCAGCUUGGCUCCAAGAAGCUCCACAGCCUACCAUUCGUAUGUUCCAUCAUUGUCUUGCAUUUCAUCGUUGUUCUGGUUUCAGAUAUAACCGUUGCACUCGAAGCAGACAAAACUGAGCUUCUGAUUGUCUGUCAGUCGUUUUUCAUCGUCUGGGGAUUCAUCAAUUCCAUCGCUUUUCUCUACAGUGGAGGUAAAGUCAUCUUGACAUCGAAGAGAGCCAAGAAACAACUCAACCAGAUUAACCUACAAGAAACGAGCAACGAUGGAAAUGCAGGAAGAAAGAAUUCUACCAUCAAAGUAGCCAAGAUCACAAUGGUGACUGCCUUUCUUGGGUUUGUGUGUUGUGGUCUACAGAUCUACUCCAUGGUUGGGGUGUAUGGUCUGUACUCUAGAGUCGUCAAUCCCGCUCCCUGGCCUUGGUACGGUUUCCAGACGUGUUUUCGUAUAACGGAGAUAGCGAUGGGUUGUACUCUUGCUUAUACCGUCAUGCAACCAUCACGAGAAGGCAACACGGUUCUAAAGUGCUGUUAAUGCAACAUUUAUACUGGUUUUCAUGUGCUUCAAACCAUCUGAUUAUGGAUCAUUCUGCACAUUUUAUCAGCGUUUUCAUAACUUUAACGAUUAAGAUUUUUUUGUU